AUGAUGCCUACACGAGAAGCCACCAAGAAGAAACCAGCCAAAGACAGCUUAACAUUAUUACCCUGUUUCUAUUUCGUAGAGCUGCCCAUCGUGGCUUCCUCUAUGGUCUCUCUCUACUUCCUGGAGUUGACGGAUGUGCUGCAGCCAGCCCAGGUUGGUUUUCGCUGCCAUGAUCGCUCACUCAGCAUGCCCUAUGUAGAGAGCGGAGAAGAACUCAUCCCGCUGCUUAUGCUGCUGAGUCUCGCCUUUGCUGGCCCUGCUGCUUCUAUUAUGAUUGGAGAGGGUAUUGUGUAUUGCAUGCAGUCCAGACUCAAGAUAGGGCCUGGGAAUGAGGGAAGCAUCAAUGCUGGUGGAUGUAAUUUCAACUCCUUCCUCCGCAGAACUGUGCGUUUUGUUGGUGUUCACGUGUUUGGGCUUUGUGCCACGGCUCUGGUCACUGAUGUCAUCCAAAUUGCCACCGGUUACCACACACCCUUCUUUCUGACUGUAUGCAAACCCAAUUACACUCUCCCUGGAGUCUCCUGUGACAAAAAUCCCUACAUCACUAAAGACAUCUGCUCUGGCCAUGAUCAGCAUGCCAUCCUCUCUGCCAGGAAAACCUUUCCUUCCCAGCAUGCAACUCUUUCUUCCUUUGCUGCUGUUUAUAUUUCAAUGUACUUCAACUCCACUAUCUCAGACAGCACCAAGCUGCUGAAACCUGUGUUGGUGUUCGCCUUCGCCAUCGCAGCGGCCCUGACGGGUCUCACUCAGAUCACACAGUACCGCAGUCACCCCAUUGACGUGUAUGUGGGCUUUUGCAUCGGUGCUGGCAUCGCUGUGUAUCUGGCAUUCUAUGCUGUUUCUAACUUCAAACCAGUGCAGGAUGCUAUUCCUGUUCCUGCCCCGCCUCCUCCAAAGGAUGCCCUACGAGCUCUUGCCCAGAGAGGCCACGACUCGGUUUACAAUAAAGGCCAUGCCUCUGAGAGCAACGAAGAGAUCACGUCACCGUCUUCCUUGGACGGCUUGAACCGCCCCAUCCAGCGGGAGAAGGCGUCAUUGGGCAGCCUGAAACGGGCCAGUGUAGAUGUAGAGCUCCUUGCAGCCCGCAGCCCUAUGGGUAAAGAGACGAUGGUGACAUUCAGCAACACUUUACCACGUGCUACAGCUGCAGGCCCUGAGGAGCCUGCAAGGCGUCUGGUAACAGUGCCUGUGCCUGUGGACCCAAUGCGCUCACACCAGCUAGUCUCUGAAUGGAAGCAGAAGUCCUUGGAGAUGCGCAGUGCAAGUCUACAGAGCGAAGAGGGCAGUAAAGAGGACUCUGACCUAGGUGAGGACACCACUGAGGAAGAGAGUGCACCAUCCACAUUAUACAGUGCCACUGUGCCUCAAUCUGCCAAGCAAGCCAAUGCGCCAAUUGGAGCAAGGGUAGUGAUGCCCCCCAAGCCACCAGUCCCUCCUCCAGUGUCUCCAAAGAAUGCGAACACUCGUGCUAAGUGGCUGUCCAUCACAGAGAAGAGUGGGGCCAAUAUUCCAGGUGCACUCAGGGCAACGAACCAACCUCGCAUCAUGCAGGUCAUUGCCAUGUCUAAGCAGCAGGGUCUCCUGUCCAACACACCCAGAUCCUCUGAGGCAUCAUCUUCCUCUGCCACCUCCUCCAUCACAGGCACUGAGUCACCUCCCUACCGCCCACCAUCUGAGCGUGACAGCAGCUCUGGGAUCAUCACAGUGGAUGCCCAUGCCGCUCAUCACCCUGUAGUCCACAUGGUCUCCAACCCUGCCAAUCCCUGGGAGUGGAGGGGACCCUCCAAUGGGAACAUGACCGAAUCAUAUGAACUCAAUGACCUGAACCGUGAAGGCUCUAGAGGAUAUCGUCAGGUCAAGAACAGCUCACCAUGCUCUUCAACUAGUGAGGCUGACCUAGAUUCUCAUAAGCCUCUUCAACCCCCUCAACCUCCCCAGCUCCCCAAGCUUGAUCAAACCAUGGAGGGACGCAGUCUGCGCUGCAAAACCCCUCUGGUGCUUAUUGAUCGGGAGAACCCUCAGAACCAUCAGGAGAACUUCUACAAAAAGCUGCAGAGUGGAAGACGGUUCAAAGAGUGA